CACUGCACUUUUUCACUCCUUCAAAAGCCUUGGGAUUGAAGGCAGCAGCGCCAGGCAAUUUUAAUCACAGCCUUAGGGAAUUAUAAUCAUCUCCCUGUAAUUGCAGUCACCUAAAAUACCUAGCUACCCCUCCACCAAAAUAAAAUUAAAAAAAUACAAUUAUAUAGGAUACCCUUGGAGACAAGAGUGGGAGACAUGAAAUUCGUUUAUAUAUUGUGAAGGGCAAAAAGUUUGGCAGAAAAGGGGAAAAAUAGUAUACAUUAUAGUGUACCUUAUAUACUCAUAUUUGUUCCAUUUUAUAUAACAUCCCUUCCUUUUUAGUCUAUUUCGCAGAGAACGUUCAUUUUUCCAUAUUUAAAUCGAUUUUUUUUUUAUAGUAUUAUAACUCUAAUGUCAUGAUAUUUUUAAGACUAUAUGAUAUUUUUGAUACGUAAUAUAAGCGCUUUUAUUUAUUUUUUCUUAAGAAAAAUCGUAUCCAGAUAAAUACCAUCAUAUAAAAUGAAAAGGACGGAGUAUAUAUAUUAUAUUAUGAGAGCUCUAGCUAUGGGUUCUAUCUCUUCUUGCUUUGCUUGUUUUCUUUCUUUUCAAGAUUGCUUUUUAAUCCCUUUGAGACAUCGAAUGAGUAAGAACAAGACUUAUAUGGUGAAAAGUUGCUAAAAGUGAAGAUGGAAAAUUUAUGUAUUUUUCUUUUCAGUUGAAUAUAGGAUACUAGUAUAUACUAUUUAGUAGCAGAAAGGAGCUAUAGCUUAAGGGUUUUUACAGAGAGAAGAUGAGGAGGAGAGGAGAAGUAUGAGUAUUACUUUUGCUUUUUAAUUAUUCUUCAUCUUGGGAUUUUCAAGUGCCUUAAAAAACAAAGGUGAAAAAAGCAAACUUCAGAUAUUUUUUUUAUUAUGGAGCCUGCAAAUCUCCAUCACCACCAACAUCAACAGUAUCAUCUGCUCCAGUUCCAAGAUCAGCUUCCCCUUAUUGGUAUUUCUCCAAAUUCUUCUUCAUCUUCUAAUUCUUGCUAUGGAGUUCCAACAACAAACACUACACAUACUUGGACCCCAUGUACUACUAUCUUUCCUGGAAGUAGUCUCAAUUCAUAUUCUAGUGGAGCCAUCAUCAAUACUACAAACUCAUCAAGUGAUCCAUUAUUAUUAAGGCAGCAAUUACAAAGUGGCACAAACCUAGUUUCUAUGAGUACUACUCAAGAUUUGGGCUUUCACUGGGCUAAUAGCAACAUCAACAGCCAAUUAGUAAAGCAAGAAAAUUCAUUAUCAGAUUCAUAUCCAAGAUUCACUCAAAUGUUGAAAAGUCCAAGUAUAGAGGAAAGAGAAUUGAGUGAUAUGAAUGCUAAGCUUUUGCUUGGAACUCUUUCUAAUACUGGGCUUCAACUUUAUCCUGGAGAUAAUAAUAAUCUUCUCUAUUCUUCAAACUCUAGUAGUACUAAUAGAGUAAGAUUUAGUCAGAUAUAUCCCACAAUAAACGUGUCCAACUUGAAUAUAAAUCAAGCAAAUUCUAGCUCUUUGGACAUGAAUUUACAGCCAUUGGAUCUAAUCAAUUCUGCAAGAUAUGGAGGGAGCUUUAGCCAGACAUAUGGCCUAGCAAAUCAUUUUCAGCAAUCAUCAAGUGAAAGUCCAGUAGAUAGCUCCACAAGUAUAUCAGCCUUUAGUAAUGGAGUGCCUGAAGCUAAAAGGACCAGCAAUACUUUGGAGCCUAAUAAAGGCCCUCAAAAUGCACCAAAGAAAUCAAGAGUAGAUUCACGCGCAUCAUGUCCACCCUUUAAGGUGAGGAAGGAGAAACUAGGAGAUAGAAUAGCAGCCCUUCAACAAUUGGUGGCGCCUUUUGGCAAGACGGACACAGCAUCGGUACUUAUGGAAGCUAUUGGUUAUAUCAAAUUCCUUCAAAACCAAGUUGAGACACUAAGUGUGCCAUACAUGAAAUCUUCACGCAGCAAAGCCAGCAGAUCAUUGCAUGGAGGUGGUGGAGAGAUGAAUAAUGGGAGUGAAGAAAGUAAAAGAGAUCUUAGAAGCAGAGGGUUGUGUUUAGUGCCAUUGUCAUGCUUGACUUAUGUGACUGAUGGUGGUGGAGGUGUUUGGCCACCCCCUAACUUUAACGGAGGCACUUAAAUUCCCAACUUAUAAGACUUUAUUCUAGCUCAGAAGACUGAGAAAUCAUUUUUAUUUUACCAUUUCGCUUUAAUGGAGCAAACUUGGUCAUUCUGUGGAAAACAAAGAUUGAGAUUGAAGGAUAGACCAAGUUUGAUCCAUUAAUGCAUGGGUUGUUAGUUUAACAUUACGUUUUCAUAUUAUUUUGUUAUUCUAGACUCUUCUGGGUGCGACUAAUUGUGCUAUGCUAGUUUGAUUUCAAAGUGA